CGGAUGUGACGCUCCAUCCAGAGCACCACAAUGCACCAGGCUCUCUUUCGAGCGCACAUAUAGGCAAAUCACACAGAGCAGCACCUGCCACCUGAAACGCUCUCUAUCCUGAACGCUAACGAAUCUAAGGUGAUACUCACAUUGGGAUCUUAUUGAAGGUAUCGGACUGCAAUUACAGCUGCGCCCGCCGCCCGCCGCCGCCUGGGUGUCAUCGGACCCGAAUUCGUUCCAGAGCUCAGUCAAAAAAAACCUAUAGUGAGUACGAUCUAAGAUCCAUCAUGCAAUGACAUCCAUCAUGAUGAUGACUGCUGCGCAUCCCCGGUCGAUCGUUGCACAUCUGAUCAUGCCGCAGAAGCGAUGAAGAACAUUCCGUACCUGUUCCGGUCACCAAACGGAACACAUUCGGCAUUAGCAUCCGAUGCAUCGAUCAUCUUGCCGGUGUACCGAAUACUCGAACCUGCCUACUCUUUGCGCAUAGAAGAGAUCCCAGACGCAGAAGCAGUACGCGUGAAAUUGUGUCCUCUCCGCGUACGAAUGUAUACCACAUUCUCUCACGGAGCAACGCGUGCAAUUGUGUCCUCUCCGCGUACGAAUGAAAACCGUUUUACCAAACGCAAAGACCCAAACCGGUCGAUACUUCAUCUUGGGUACACUCCUUUGUCACAGCCUCGCCUACCUUCACCACAUGGUGCCGUCAUUCCUCGCAUCAGACGACCGAGUACAGAAUGACGACAGCGGAACAAACAAUGAAUCUCCAGUCUCACAGCCAGAAAUGGUAUCCUCUCCGUGAAUGAAUAAACAACCAAAAGCCAAACACCAAGACCGAAAUCGGUCGAUACUUCAUCAGGCACGCUCCUCGUCGCACAUCCUCACCAGCACCCAUUUUGCUGAACGCAAAGACCCAAAUCGGUUGAUGCUUCAGCAAGUAACCUCCUUGCCACAUCUCUCUCCCAACUCCACGGUGUGCCUCACUCGUCCUCACACCAGUCGACGGAGUCCAGAAUGACGACAGCGCAACGAACUAAGUAUGCCUCACUCGUCCUCACACCAGUCGACAGAGUACACAAUGACGACAGUGCAACGAACUAAGUACCAGCAAACAGUGGUCCUCCUCAAAGCCCUUUGUCAGACUACCGUUGUGGGGCCCAUUCGCUCAGUGGGGAAAAAAAACAACAGCGACAUGUGCACCAUUGCCCUAACUUCUCUCUUUUAGAUGCACACACAACUAGCCGCUUGCUUGAUUGCCUGCUCCAUGCAUCCCAUCUCAUACUACCACCCUUUGCGCCACAUAUCACGGAGUCAAUCUCGCAGUGUGGACAUCACAAAGCAGAAAAGCCAAGCCAGAUUUCCUGCCAGCAACUGUGCCUCCGUAGUAGAGGGCGAUGGUUCGAUCACCAUUUACUUGCUCACUGCUCACUGUUUCCGUAUGCUGCGACCAGGUAGACUCCGUAGUAGAGGGCGACGGUUCGAUCACCAUGUUGACUCACUGGGAGACUCACAGGUCAAGGACACCAGCAAAAUGCGUCGUUGUCCACCACAACAAACGGCAGACAAGGGAAGUAUGGUCCCCCAGUGCGCUGAUAUUCCUGUGCUGACGAUUCCCUUCUUCCACUUCGACCAUCUUCAAGACCCUCCUGACGGAGUUCCCAAGAGAAGUAACCGAACCAGAAACCAGAUCACUUCAACGACAAACAUUUCGCCUACCUCUCCCAGCAGAAGUGGUCUCCAACAAUUUUGCUGUGGCACCUGUGCAUUGGAUAGUUAUAACAUUAGCGCCGUCUCUAGUUACGCACAAGCAUCUUAUCCCGCACGACAAGGAGAGGAGCGACCGCCAGUCAAAAACAAACUGGAUGCUUGAAAAACACAGCAGCUUUCACAGAAGAACGGGGGGAUAGCUAAGCACAUAGUAGUAGUAGUAGCCUACCCAUACCAGUGACUUUUCAAGCGGGGAAAAGUGCUUCGACCGUCGACGCAGAGACCAGCAUAAAUGCUCUCCAACAAAAAAGAAUACAGUCGCAUUCACAGGCGAUCGGAAUAUAACACUAGUGCUGCCCAGGAUGGCCAACCCACUUCCGCAGGAAAGGAAAGGGACACAGCAUACUACUACUAGCCAAUGAACGAGCGGGGAUUCUAUCCCCGGGUCUACACAUAAAAGAGCCUUGCCGCCAAAGAGGUCCCUCAUUCUUUCAUAUUACAAUAUCAGUUGCGUCUUGCAAUGGAAACAGUCUCCACCGCUCUUUGGAAAGAACCUGUGUUGCCGCAUCACGAAGCUCGGUCCCCUCGAUCUCCACUGCACUCUGCCGUAACCCGACCGGACACUCCGAGCACACAGGCAUUACCUACCAAAGAUGAAAGCCCAGUUCAGGAUGCCCAACUUGUAAAUGCACGCACCUGCUCGAUGGACUACUGGUGGAGAAUGCCACCGACGC